GCUGUUCGUGACGCAAUUUUCCCGCCACCAAGAAGUGUGUGUGUGGAGCGGAGGAAACGAGUUUGCAAAAAAAGAAAACGGCUUUUUUGAAGUAGUUUAACUUUAAGAACGAGGAGACUUACUGCAGUUUCUGGAAGAGCUUCAGCCAUGCCUUCAGUUCAGGACUGGAUAAACAGCCCGCUGGGCGCGGUGGACGCGCUGUUCGCUCAGAACAGUUCCAGGUCAGACUGGGAGAGGAAGAUUGUGGAGUAUUUCAAAGAGAAACUGAAAGUAAACGAUGCACAGUCCUGGGUUCCCUCUCUGAAUGACGUUCCCCUGCACUAUCUGAAGCCCAACAGUCUGGUGAAGUUCCGCUGUAUGAUCCAGGACAUGUUUGAUCCAGAGUUUUUUAUGGGGGUUUAUGAGACAGUUGACCCUUCAACAAAUUCAAAGGUGCUGAGAUGUGGAAAAUACAAAGAUGUUACUGAUUGUGGCCAGAUUGAUUUCAACUCCAAAAACGCUGUUACUUCAGAGAGACAAACCUUUUACUGCGUUCCUAUCCCAGGAGAAUCUCAGUGGGUGAAGGAAAGUUUUGCUGGAUCUAGCCAAGCUCGAGUGGUGCCCUCCACAUCCUACACCCCGAACAGGCACAAGCGCAGUUACGAGGAAGAUGAUGACAUGGACACACAACCACAACAAGACAAAGAGUUAAACUCAGGAACUCAGAAUGAGGACACCCAUAGGAAUACGGAUUCCAAACGCCUGGAGACAGAAGCUCCCAGUCACAAUGCUUCUCCUUCACACUGCUCGUCUAACCUAGAUCUCAACUUCCCUCUGCCUGGAGAGCGAGGCCCAGCCUGCCUGGUUAAGGUGUAUGAGGAAUGGGACGGCUUUAAACUGAAUGACAUGCUGGAGGUUUUUGGCAUUCUCUCAGUCGACCCUGCUCUGAGCCUGAUAGCUGAAGACAAGGAAGCAUCAUCCAUGCUGGACCCCACAGAGAGCAUGGAGACCAUGGAGGAGCAGAGAGCCCACAGUCCACCUGCAUCACUCGUUCCGAGAAUACACAUGCUGUACGCCCAGCCACUGCAGCAUAACAAUCCCCUGCUGCCCUCUGCUGUUUCAGAGGACAAAGCAGCCUUUUUAAAUGGCAUCUUGGGUGAGCUGGCUUCAGUCAGAGCAGAGCUGCAGACUUACCUCACACAUGUCUUCCUGGGAGACUCACUGGCUGCAGAGUACCUCAUUCUUAACCUCAUCUCUAGCGUGUAUGCUAGACGAGAUGUUCUUCCCCUGGGCAAAUUUGCACUUAAUAUCAGCGGCUGCCCCCACACCUCUCCAUACACAGAGCACCUCUACCAGGCCAUUCAGCAGCUUGUGCCAUCUUCAUACCGGCUAUGCAUGAGUCUCAACAACAUGAACAGUCAGCGCAUGGUGCCCAGAAAAGAUUACACAGCCAACCGGCUGGUGAGUGGGACUCUCCAGCUGGCCAGCAACACCUCUCUGUUUUUGGACGAGACGCAGCUCGAGCAAGGCCAACUGGACACCACAGGCGUGCAGAACAUCACAGCGCUGGGGAACCUGAUCUCAUGGCAGAAGGUUGAUUAUGACUUCAACUACCACCAGAUGGAAUUCCCCUGCAAUAUUAACGUGCUCAUCGCAUCGGAGGGCCGAUCGCUCCUCCCGUGUGACUGCCAGGUGCACUUGUGCCCCGCUUUAAACCCACCCAACCUGGAGGAGUAUCUGAAGACAAUACAGCUGGCACAGGUUUCAUCUCAACUCAACAAGUAUCGCAUCUACCUCUCGGUAGCUCGCUCCCUGGACUAUAGCAUCUCCGACCAGAUGACCAAGGAAGUAGAGGAGGACUUUGUUGAAAUGCGUAAGGAUGACCCUCAAAGCGUCUCUGCUGAGGACCUGCAUAGGAUGCUGAUAGUGGCAAGAUUGCUGUCUUUGAGUUAUGGACAGACAAGUCUUUCAAGAGAGAACUGGAUGAAGGCCAAACAAAUGGAGCUGGUGCGGAUUAGCCGAACACAGCAGCAGAAAUGUGUUAAUGGAAAUGAGCCUUAAACGUACUCGUACCUUUCCAGCAUGGCUUACAACUUUCUUAUAUACAUAGUGGAGUGUAAGUCAUGUCUUUUUUUUUUUUCUUUCAUUUUGUUAAUUCUUGUUUUUGUACAGCACUGAGGUUCUUUUUCUUUUCUUUUUUUACUUGACCAUUUUAAAAGGUACAGUAAUGACAAAAUGGAAAUAAAUAGGUAUUUUUUGAAAAUAUUUUCAGAUCUGGAAAUUGUGUACAAAAUUGAUACUGUACAAAACACACACCCUUGCAAAAGUUCUUAACACACUAACAUGUUUAAAAAAAUAAAUAAAUAAAUAAAGGUGAUUUGUUUAAAAAAA